CCCCUACUGUGAGGUCAUCAACGUGCGCCAAAACCGGUAACCGCCGUGAGAAUGGUUGUGUCUGUAUUCCAAACCUAGCGAUUUGAAACAACGUGGAGAGAAUGAAGUCAGUGAAAGUUAAGAAAAGAAAGCACUCUCGCCGAGAGUUCGCUGAUGGAGAAAGAAAAAGGAGAAGCACCGAGUCCAGCGUGGAGGAUCCUAAGGAAGAGCUGAAUCAUGUGCAGGAGGUAAAGGAAGAGCCGAGCGACAUUGAGGAAGGUGGACUGGAUCUCACUGUGCCUUUCAACCCCAUCAGCUCAUAUGUGAGUGACAGACAGGAGAUGCUGGCACAAUGCUUCAAUGUCCUCGGCCAAAACAAGCUGAUGAAGAUGCUGCCAGAUGAGCUGAAGGACUGCACGUUUACAGAGAUCAAGACACUCUGCUGGGAUCACCUACAGCGGCUCUCUGAUACGAAUCUGCUCCAGAUACUAGAGGGUAAAGAGGUGACUGCAAACUCGGAAGCUGAAGAGAAAGAGACUAGAAGGACUUCAGUGGACAGUCAGCAGGACAACAUUGUGGAUUCAACCUCAUCUAUGAAAGAGACUGCUGAAGGAGAAGACAAGCACGGUCUGUCUGGAGAGGAAAGUGAUGUCCUGAGCAUUAACGCCGACAUGAACGAUAGUGACAUCGAGGGGCACAAAGACCCCAAACCACAAGUCCAUGCUCCCCCGGUGAUCUCUCCUUUGCCCUCCGCCCCACCUCCUGAACCAGAUCUUCAAUCAGACGAGCCAAAGCUGGAGCUUCAGCGAGACAUUGACAAGAGUGUCAGUGAGAUCCUCGCUUUGACCCAUCCCAAUAAUGACGAGGCAGAGCUUAAGACGCAUUCGCAGCCAGUCCCCAUAGAAGUGCCGCCUCCAUCACUUCCUGAUCCUGUUGUGGUGCCGUCAGCACAGCAGCUUGCACUUCUGGAGUUAGAGAUGAGAGCGAGAGCCAUCAAAGCUCUGAUGAAGGCCAACGAGGUGAAGAAAUAAACUCUGGCUCUAAUUGGAGCGAGUCAGUUCUAAGGCCAUAUUGGCUUCUGUAGUUUUGUCUGAAGAACAUAUGCAGCCAAAUUGGCUUCUUGUUUUUUUAUUUUGUUUAUUUGCUGUAUAGUUGUUUUUAGCACCCGCCUCUGACUGUAUGAUGGACACGCUUGUGCUUUAGAGAUGGGACAGUGAACUGGCUAACACCAUCGCUCAUUUUGAAUUAAAAUCAUUUCCUGUUGAUUUAAAA